GAAUUAUUUGGCUAUUUAAACUACAUUUUUGACUCCUGCGUUACAUCUCAGAAAUGAGACAACUAUGUAAUUACAUAGCGUCAGCAGAUGAUAAAUACCCUUUGUUUCGGACGAAGAUGGCUUUUAUGGGCGGUUACUGUGUUAGUUUUAUUGCUUGUGUGCUCGAAUAUGGCAGAGCGUAUAGACUGGGUUCGAGCCUGAAUAGUACGGGACUACAGUGUAUUAAAUACGUGCUCACUGGAACGUCUGCUGCAGUAUGUCACUCGUCUGUUUCCUUUAUAUCAGCAAAAGCUACAGGCCGAUCAGAUAGCUGGGUGAAUCAUGCACUUGGGGGAGCUGCUAGUGGUUUAGUCUGCACAUGGCAAUGUUCUAUGAAGGUACGUGCCGCUACAUGCGUCGGAUUCGCAUUAAUGUCAGCUUUGGGUAAAUAUAAUGUGGAGUUCAGACAACGGUAUCCUGACUGGCAUGUUCCAGUGGUCGGAGAGUACACUCCAUCACCAUAUGUAUCUCUUAAUCACCGAUGGAUGUAUAAAGGUGCAAGACAACAAGAAGAAGAGCUGGAAAAGCAUGUAUAAUAAUCUAGCACUUUUAAAUUUGUGACCAUAUGUUUACUUCAAAUUUCUGCAAAUUAGUUAAUAAAUAAUAGAGACUGUG